AUGGAAUCUUACAAUUAUAAUAUAACAGGAUUAACUGGAAACGCUAGGAAAUAUACCAUGGAAUGUAUGCAACGAUCCAUAAGAAUUGCUGAUUCAAUAAUGGAUGGAUUAAUAAGUUGUCAAUUAUUAAUUGAAAUUUUAAAUCAAUGUAUUUACUUUAAUACCAAGGCAUUAAGUGAUGGUGUUUUUUCCGAGGUGGUAGCGCCGCUAACGACUUUAAAGGUGAUUUCUCAAUCCAAGAGUUUGCCAACCAAUUUGCCAAAUUCAUCAUUACGUUUCAAUGUCCCUUCUAAUGGACAAAAACCUGCAUUCGAGAAACCCUUUGUCACACCUCCACCUGGAUUGGAUUCAACUGCUUAUGACGGUUUUAACAAGGGUUUUAUCCCAAAUAAUGCAUACUCGGGUUUCAACGAUUAUGGCGUUCCUCCACAAGCUUCUCCAUUCUACUUUCAUUCACACAUGUAUCCAAUCAUGGGGAAUCAAAGAAUCCCAUUCCAACCACCAUUUAUGGCUUUCUCUCCUGCAUCCAAUGUUCCAAGUUUUAUACCACCAUUUCAUCAACCUUCCGAUGACAAUAUUUCUCAAGGAAUGGAUAGUACUACUUACAAUGGAUCUCACGCAACAAUGCCCAAAAUGUCCCAAUUUUCCGCUGGUAACCGCUUAAUGCCUAUCUCAAAUGAAUCCGAAUUCAACGGAUGGAUCAAAACGUUCAUCAAGUACCUUAGACAUCAAAAUCUAGGUCACGUCAUUCCUGAUCGACUAGGUAAUACUGGUAAUAUCAAAGAACCCGAAAAGGACUUCAUCAUUGAGGCAUUCAAUUAUUGUGUGCCAUCCACAGCGUACCCCAAAUGGUUUCAAUUCGCAUUAACCAAUGAGUAUAUUGAAUUAAUUGAUGUUAUUGGUAGAGCUAUGUCACUUGCUGAAGAUAAAGCGGGUGUUGACGAAAUUUAUGAACAACUUCUUGCUGUCAAGUACGAUGGCAAAUCCGAUGCAAUUUUGUUUAAGAAACUGCUCAAUAGCUUAAUCGCUAAAGGUGAAAAAGUUGGUAUCCAUAUUCCCAAUGAAGUGUUAUGUCAGCGUAUUGCCAGUAAUCUCACAGAUUCCUAUAGACCAAUUGCUGAUUUUUAUCGUAUGAAUUAUGGUAAUGUUUCUUUAGAAGACUUGCUCGUUAAUUACAGAUAUCUCAGCAGCAGAGUUUAG